AUGGGCAAACUCAACUACUCCUCUAAAAAACGAAUCCCGUCUAGACCAGGCUCAAGAAGCACCGCGGCGCGCGAUCCCCAUCUCGAGAUCGACGCCACAGGCAAAGACCUCGAAGACGCCGGCCUCGCGGAGUUCAUCGGCGACUUGAUCCGCUGCAUCGAGUAUAAGGAGGAGGGCCAUGCAGAUGGCGUUGUCAAAGUGACUGAGCUGCGUCUGCGCGGCAACAGGCUCACUGUGCGUGCGCUGGAAAAACUGACGGAGGUUGUCAAGCUGAGUGCUGCUGAUCUGCGCGAGUUGGACCUUUCCCAGAAUGAUAUCCGUGUUGAAUCGGAUGAGGAUAAGAGUGUUUGGUGUGCGUUUCUAGGGGCUUUUCAGAAUUGCUUUCUUGUGAGAAAGCUUGAUUUGAGUGGGAAUGAGAUUGGACCUGUUGGGGUUGAGAUGCUGGCUAGGGCUUAUGUUAAGAGUGACUUGGACUUUGUGGAGGAGGAUGCGGAGGAUGUUAUUGGUGGGGCGGACACUGUUCAGCAUGAGGGUUCUGCUGGAUCUUCAGAUGCUCCGUCUGCCUCUAGGCAAUCCGGACACCGAAGAAGGGGUCAGCCUAGGGAGAGGGCGUCUGCUAGCAGAAAUAAUGGUGAGUUUCAAGUCGGCUCUGCCCAUGAUGAAGUCGCAGCUAACGGUCUCAGGAAGUUCGCAUGCACUCGCGGUCUGCGCUCCAUUCCAUACCUUAUCCUGUCCGACAUCGAGCUUUCGAGUAGCAGCGCAAUUCAUUUGGAGAGCAUGCUCGCCAUGCAGCAGACCCCAGAGCAUCUCCUGGGCUUUCUCCCCCAGGGCAAAGCGGUAGCUGUUCCGGAAGCCGAGAACGGCAACCAAGGGAGCGUGGUAUGGCUUCCGAACGAUGGGCUGUCUGAUCAUGCAAGACGUCUUCUCGAGGUGUCGGAGACUAUUUCCAGAUUGAGCCACAGCGGCAGCUCAUCAGAUAUCAGUGAUGGCGAUGCUAUGUCGGAGGGGUCGGAGUACGGGGACGCAGACGCGGAGCAGAGACAGCUUGAUAUACUCAAGGUGGAGUAUGAGAGGCUCUCCAAGAGGGUUCGCUUGGACGCUCUGCUCAAGGACGGGGUCCAAUCUGAGUUGUGGUCUCGCACACUUCUAAUGCAUGCCGUAUCGCGUGCUUUGCUGCUCGAGGACAAAGACCGAGUCGUCGAAAAUACCCCCGAAACCAGCGCUUCCGAAGAGACGGGUGAAGCGUCUGAAGCUCCUGAACAGCCAAGAGAAUCGGGAGAAGAGGAGCAGCAGUUGGAGGCCCAGGCAUCUCUUGGAGACGUGUCAGUGACUUAUGCCAACGUUGCGGGCCACAAUACAUCGGUGGGUGGCAAUGCUGGUCCAUUCCAGCCAGGCAGCAGGGGAUUUGAAGAGAAAUUUCCCAGCCUGAACAGGGCCCCGAAGAACGUGCCCCAGGAGAGCGAAGACCAGAGCUCCAAAUCGGAGACUUCAGAAGGGGAUUCCAACGACGAUUCCAACGAAGGCAGCGCGGGGAAGACCACGCAGUCCUCCCCGCAGUCGAAAGAAUCUCGCCCUAAGAACGCAAACCGUCGCAAGUCGGCACCUCGUUCGGCUCAGAAGGAAGAAUGGCGAUUUGGACUUUCGCUGAACCAGUGGCGUCAGAUCAUCGCCGAAGCUGUCAGUGCAGACGGCAUUUUGAGCACUGCGCAGCAGAAUGGCAUCAUCCGUCACGCCUCUGAUUGGAACUGUCUGAAACAGGAGAUCAGUAUCGGCGGGGCGCAGGAUCACCAGCAAAUCUGGAAGUACCUGGAGACUGUGGGAUGUUUUACAUACGGCACCAAUUGA